AUGGUCAACCUGGGAGACAAUAAAGUCCCUUCCUGCACAAGACCUGGCUACUACAGAGCAUGCACCUCCCUGACUCCACCCACCGUCCUCCUCCACAUUAUAUCCCAGCAUCCCCCUGAAGAGACCCAGCACCGCCUCGUCCAAUCCCCUGGGGCUGAGGCCUCCCACUCGCUUCAGGACGACAACAAGAGAGCGAUGCGGGAGACAGGAAGAGAAGGAAAGCCGAGACUUGGCUCAGUGUCUCUCAGUGUAUUCCUGGUGUCUGUCGCGUUCGUAGUAUGUGCCGUUUGGCUGGUAGCCCUGUGUGGCGUCUGCACCUGGUGUCAACGUAAGCUGAUGAUUCAGAACAACCAAAAGCUUCGUCGCAUGCUCCUGAGCUGUGCACAGCUGCUGAGUUCACUGUUGGUGGUAGACAUGAACACCAAGCGAAAGGAGUUCAGUGACCAUCCGGGGAAGAGGAAUAAGCCCGGGGUGGAGGCUGCCAGCUCUCCAGAUUCUCAGCAACGUGCAACAGAGGUGGAGCUCCUACCCGCCCAAGGAGUUCCUCUUAAACAUGUCUCCCUAUGCCCCCUACGGAGACCCUCGCCUCACGCCCAAGUGAGUCUCAGUCAUGGCUGUUUUGGGGAUGCUUCCCUUUCGUCUGCCUCCACCCUGGAGCACAUCCCGUCCUCGGCAGUGGUGCGCCCUCGGCCCCUGGUCCGGCAGCAGAGCCUCCAACAGCCCCUCACUCACCAGCCCCCUCCGGGUCCUAACGACCCCCCAGUCACCUCACAAAGCCUGGGCCAGCUGCACACAGGCCCAGGCGGCGGGGGGCACCGUGGGGGCCCGCGCGGGGUCCGGGGGAGCCCGGCUGGAGCCUCCCGGUACAGAGGAGGCGGGGCAGGCCGAUCGAGGUCAAAUCCUGGCAGCUGGGAUCACAUGGUGGAGCAGAUCCGCCACAGAGGACUGGACGUCAAGUCGUUCUUUGAGGGGAAGAUGGUUGUUCUGUCUCUAGCAAUCGGCCUGGCUGAGCAGGACGACUUCGCCAACCUCCCAGAUCUGCAGGAAGCGCCGGCGAGCAAAGAAAACGAAACCACGCCAGAAAAGAGGACCCCAGGUAACAAACCAGGCAGCAGCCCCAGAGGUCAGACCCCAGACGAGACCGGACGCCGCCAUGAUCCCAACUCCUCCGUUUCUGACCUGGCCAAUUCAGUCACCAGUGACAUGCUCAUGCUGUCUCCGGGUUCGGAGGAAGAUGAUCAUGAGGGUCCAGUGUGUGAGAAGCUGGGUCGUAUUCAGUUCAGCGUCGGAUACAGUUUUCAGGACUCCACCCUCACUGUCAAAAUUCUCAAGGGCCAGGAUUUGCCUGCUAAGGACUUUUCCGGCACCUCUGAUCCGUUUGUCAAACUCUACCUGCUGCCAGACAAGAAGCACAAAUUGGAGACCAAAGUCAAGAGGAAGAACCUGAACCCCCACUGGAACGAGACCUUCCUGUUUGAAGGGUUCCCCUAUGAGAAGGUGGUCCAGAGGACUCUGUACCUGCAGGUUCUCGACUACGACCGCUUCAGCAGAAAUGACCCCAUAGGAGAGGUGUCCAUCCCCCUCAACAAACUGGAUCUGGCCAACAUGCAGACUUUCUGGAAGGAGCUGAAACCAUGCAGCGAUGGCAGCGGGAGUCGAGGGGAUCUGCUGGUGUCUCUGUGCUACAACCCCACAGCCAACACCAUCACUGUGAGCAUCAUCAAAGCCCGCAACCUCAAAGCCAUGGACAUCGGAGGCACUUCUGACCCCUAUGUAAAAGUGUGGUUGAUGCACAAGGACAAGCGUGUGGAGAAGAAGAAGACGGUGGUAAUGAAGCGCUGCCUGAACCCUGUUUUCAACGAGUCCUUCCCCUUUGACGUGCCUGCCCACGUGCUGAGGGAGACCACCAUAAUUAUCACCGUCAUGGACAAGGACAGGCUCAGUCGCAAUGAUGUCAUUGGAAAGAUUUAUCUUUCAUGGAAGAGUGGCCCUGCAGAGGUAAAACACUGGAAAGACAUGAUGGGUCGUCCUCGCACUGCCGUGUCCCAGUGGCACGCUCUCAAGGCCUGA